AUGACAGUGGGAAAGGAUGUAUCAUCGCUCUUUCCCGAUGUCUUAAAGAAUAUCGCUACUUAUGACUUGGAACAGAAGAAGCUUGUUUAUCUAUAUAUGAUGAACUACGCUAAGACUCAUCCAGAACUUUGUAUUCUAGCUGUGAACACGUUUGUUCAGGACACCGAGGACACCAAUCCACUAGUUAGAGCAUUAGCAAUAAGAACAAUGGGCUGCAUUCGUGUGGACAAGAUGGUUGACUAUAUGGAAAUUCCUUUAAGAAGAACUUUACUGGACGACAAUCCUUACGUCCGCAAGACGGCUGCCAUUUGUGUCGCUAAGUUGUUUGAUCUUAAUUCUGAGAUGUGCGUUGAGUUCGGCUUUUUAGAUGAUUUGAAGCAACUUCUUACUGACCCUAAUCCUAUGGUGGUAGCCAAUGCCUUGAGUGCGUUGUACGAAAUCAGAGAUAUGAACCGAGACCCUAACUUAGAAGUCUUAGUGGUCGAUCAUCAGCUCAUAAAAACUUUGAUGGCUUGUUUGAAUGAAUGCACCGAAUGGGGUAGAAUCACAAUUCUCGGAUGUUUGGCGGAUUACUCCACAGGAGACUCAGAGGAGGCCCUUCAUAUUAUUGAAAGAUGUAUUCCUCAAUUGCAACACGUGAAUCCUUCUGUGGUUCUUUCUUCAAUCAAGGUGGUUAUUCAUCAUCUUGACUGUUUGCCUAACCAGGCUACAAAGUCUAGCUUUUUGCGUAAGCUUUCAGCUCCGUUGGUUUCCUUAGUGUCUCUGUCGAUACCAGAAGCACAAUACGUUGGCUUGAAAAACAUCAGAAUCAUCUUAGAGAAAUACCCAGAAGUGCUAACCAAAGAAGUUAGAGUAUUUUUCAUAAAGUACUCUGAUCCCUUAUAUUUGAAGCUUGAAAAACUUGAAAUUGUGAUUAGGUUGGCGACUGAGUCAAAUAGUGCUCUUCUUUUGAGUGAGCUCAAAGAAUAUGCCAUGGAAAUCGAAGCUGCACUUGUGUCGAAGUCGAUUCAGGCCAUCGGCGCAGUGGCAAUCAAGCUUUCAUCGAGCGUUAUACAGGCUGCUAAUCUAUUAAUUUCCUUGAUGGAGCAAAGAGGUGGCGAAUUGGUCAUCAAUGAAGCAGUUGGAGUAUUGACUCAAAUAUUAAGACGUUAUCCAGGCAAAAAUGAUUUGAUUACCUUGAUUGUACCAGUCAUCUCAAAUCACAUCGAGGAACUCACUGAUUCUCAGGCAUUAGCAGGCUAUGUAUGGUUACUUGGAGAGUAUCCGAAGUAUUUUACAGGCCUCAAGGAAAAAUUACAAAGUCUAGUUGAUGACUUUCUCGAGCAUGAGUCGCUUCUCCAGCUAAACAUAUUGACUUCAGUCGUCAAAAUUAAUUUAGUUCUUCCGUCGGCGGGCUGCUCGCAUCUUUUGCAAGCAGUUUUGGAGAAAGCCACCAAAGACUGUGAAAAUGCAGACGUCAGGGAUAAAGCCUACAUCUAUUGGAGACUUUUGUCGACUUCUUCUAGCGGAGCCCAGCUGAAGAUAAUUGCAUCGAAGCUUCCACCAAUCAAAACAACAAUAUCAUCAUUUAACCCUGUUGUCUUAGAUGUCUUGAUAAAUGAAUUAUCAACACUUUCUUCGGUUUAUCAUAAGCCGGCAUCCACAUUCAUCGACCCAAAUGCUUACAUAGGAGUUGACUCGAAUAGCAACCCCAAAAAGCUGUCUAGAAAGUCUGAUUUGGCAGACUUAACAACAAGAGCCAAGGAAGAAAUUGUUAACAAUGCCCGUAACGAGAAUUUACUCGACUUGGAUGACGAUGAUCAGACUGCUCCUUCAAAUGCUGGAACGACUCCUUCCUUGCUAGAUGAACUCAAUGAUUUGUUUGCCGUGCCAACCAGUGACAGUCACACAACGAACUCUGUUGACACGAGAGCAAAGAAUUCAACGAAUGAUAUUUUGAGUCUUUUUGGUAAUGCAGCACCGCAACAAGAGAUCGCUAGCGACUUCGGUCAAUUGAACAUGGGCUCGGAAGCAACUAAUGGAAAGGAUUCAGCUUCCAAAAGAAGCAAUAUAAGCGACGACUUGUUGGACCUUUUUUAA